AUUAGCGCAGAGAAAAUUCCACCACUCUGUCGCCCAGGUAAACCGAGGAGAAAUUUCAGCACUUGCUUUUGUUGUUCAGUCAAUAGUUUUUAUUUGGAUAUAUGCAUAGAAAUAUUGGGACAGGAAUAAAUAAUGUCGACCUUAAGACUGAAAAAUAUCGAUAUAAUACGGACACCAUUUGAAAGAUCAAUGAACACCAUGCCGAUUUUCGAUAUAGUCUAAUGAAUUUUUGCGAGAAGUUGACUUUUUGCCUUUGGAACUCUGUUUUUACCACAGAUACCAAUGUACACGUAGUAAAUAGGAAAUCUAUAACUUGUUUGGAGGCAUGUUGUCUUUUUUGACUUCGUUGCAAUGCCAAAAAGGAAAACUAAAGUUCGCAUCAGAUAUUACUGUGUAACUCAAAAUGGAUAUUAACUGACUGAUUGAACACCUUGAUGUACGAAGAUUUACAUACUUGACGGAAUGAUGUAUCUUAGUUAGAGGUGAAAGUUCUAUACAGUCAAAGGUCAAGGCUAACAAACUGGCAGACGACAUUUAAAUGGAACAACUCACGACAAAUGGCGGCGACUUGGAAACAUCAGCUGUUAAAUUAGCUUUUCCUCAUCAAGUAAUGAUUGAAAAAUGGAUGCUGGUUUUACUCAUAGUUGGCUGCACAUCACUCGGGUUUCUCAUUUGUUUUCCAAUUGACUUCUAUCUCUACCGACGACGUAAGCGUCUUGCGAGAGAACGUAAGAAUAUCAUCACGUUUAGACCACAACAAACUCCGAAAAGAGUUGCACCAUGUCAAGCAAAAAUGACAGUUACAAACGUGUAUGCUGAUACAGACUAUAGCGAAAUAAAUGAAGUUGAGCAAAGAAGAUAUCGUGCACAAAGAGGCGUAAUCAGAUUUUUGAACAUGCUUAAACAGAAACGCGCAGAAACAUUAGAGCUUCAAGAGCGUUUGGCAGAGAACACAUUGUCGGAGAGAAGUUCAGAGUUGCACCUGACAACCAUGCUGGAAGUUAAAAAAGGAACAACUGAUAAUCAUGGAAACAGUUAUAAAGAAAUGAAUGACAACACUCCAAACCUUACACAUUGUGUAAAUGAACUAACAAGACGUCCAGAAGAGAAAACUACACAUCAGUAUUUAUAUGAUGACGAUUAUUUUGACUAUAGUCCUGAGAAAAGGUUCCCAAAAGCUUCCAAGGCACGGAAUGACAAUCAAGAGGUUUUCAAUUACCGGAAGAAACGGUCACACUUAGGCGCCCGUUAUGAUAAGAAAAUGUCCCAACUUGAUGAGAUGAGAAAGUCACAAUCUGGAGCCCACCAUAAGAAGAAAAAGUCACGCUUUCGGGCCCUUGAACCGCUUGAAAACAUGACAAAUGUUCUUGAAGAAACAUGUGACAAUAAUUGUUUCACCAUUCCAAAUUGUCGUAGAAAUGAGGAACAUUUGGAGCCCGUGAAUAUAGCUGACGAAAAUUACAAAGAGAUUUCUCACAACAAAAGCAAUAAUGAACAUAGUUUAGAAAGUAACACAGUGUCGUCUGCUGCGAAACUAACCGGAAAUGACACUGAUGCAGCGUUAACAAGUGAUGAUAAAAGCGAGGGAUUCUGUGCGGAAAAUUUAGCUAAAGAUGUCCAUAACAAUACAGCUAAAUUAUUUCAAACAGUGUUUGACGCAGAAGACCAAAUAUUUAAAAGCCAUAAAAUUUUGGCACAUUCUCAAUCUGAACAAUGUAUAAUCGGAAAUUUUAGCCAUUCAAAACGUUCUCAUAAGAAGAAACGAAAACGUAAUGUCGUUUCGCCCGUCAGUGAGGAUACAUCCAGCUUUUCAGAACAGUUUUACAGCGAAGCAAAUGUUUUAAAUGAUAGAAAAAUGCCUAUAACUGUCCCUGUGUUUUCAGAAUAUGCGGUGACACCGAAAGUUAAAAGGAAACUAAAGAAAAAUACUUUCUGGAAGAAGCAGUGCUCUAUGCCAGAGCUCCACUACGAAAAAGAGAAAUACUAAUUACAUUGGAAAAUGUUCCUUACGUCGACAAUUCAAAACUACCAUUUACAGAAAUGUCGAUAAUUAAUUUGAAAUGUAUGCUUCUAAUGGCCACCUUGUCAUUCACUGGAUAGAAUGAUUUUCAAGUGAAUUUAUCAAAUGUUGAUUGAUUGUAUAACAUGUAAAUAGUUAAGUAGUAGAACAAUUUUCAAAAGGUCUCCGAGUUUUGGUUUGUAUCAGAAUUUACUUAAAGUCGCCACCGGUAUCCAAUAUGGAAUACGGAAUGUUAGUGGUUUUAUGUGGAGGAUAGGGCGAGCCAAAUAAGACGAAUAUUGCGAGUUCCUCAGUGUUUCAGAUGUCAAACGUUAGCUAAAGUUAAAAUAUAACAACUGUAUUUAUUUCAUGUGUUUUCAGCGGUUUAUUUAAAUAUAAUGGUAGAUAAUAUUUAAUUCUUUCACUGUUUCAAACUUGAUGAUUUCCAAUAUGCUUUAACUUCUGGCUGGGAACCAAUAGCCGGACAGGACCUGUUUCCGCACAAGUAUAAUAACGAUCUCAUUUUGACAUUGUUCAUUCAAUUGUUUGAUUCGGAUAUUUAUUUUUCAUCUCUAGAAGAAGACAGUUUUAAAGAUCAAGGAGUAAUUUCAGCUCGUUUUUCAACAUUAACAUUGUGGAUCAUGCAUAUGCGUGUGAGGUUGCCUUAUGCACGUGAAUGGUUGUAAAACUGGCAUAAUUGGAAAAGCCAUUGACAAGACAUGAAAUGAAACGAAAGUAUGUGUGAUUGAAAUAUCUUUCACCGUAUUAUAUUCCGUCCCUAAUUUGGUCUUAAGCAAAGAAAGACUCGAUCUGACCUCAUUUUCAUAAUCUCUAUAGACUUUCUGUCAGAAAAGUUUGUAUGUUUGAUAUAUUGAUAAUGUUACACAUAAGCACAGAUAGUACUUUACUCCCUUUUCAUGCUAUCAUUGCUAUAAUUAUUGUUGAAUUGCUGUUAAUAAUAGGAUUUGGGUCAUUUGUGGCUGAUCUAUGUUCAUUAUUUUGAUAUCUGGAUCCCAGCAUCACACAUUAUGUCAUAUACAAUAGUUAAAGGGAACCAGAUAUUUGAUAGAGCAAGUACUCGUUGUAAAAUACUACGUAUAAAUUUGGACCAAUCAGAAAACGUUCUAUAAAUAGCACCGAUCAAAGCUCACGUCUGCUAAGGUAUAGAUAGGUAGAUGGCGGACAGAGAGAUCAUUCAUUCAUUUUGGAACGUAUCCAGGCAUCGACCUGUAUUUGAUAUCAGGUCUCCAAAUUCAAAUUUCGCUGGGCCUACGAUUGAAACUACGCAGUGCAGCGUAGACAAAUAAAAACGAAUAAAACAAAACAAAACAAAGAGAGUUAAUUCUGUAUCCAGCGAUUGAAGAAGACACAUCGAGGAUUCAACUAAUAAUUUAUCCCAGUAUCUUGAUAAGGAAGUUAUUAAAAAUAAGACGUUUGAAGUUCAUAGACUAAAGAAGAGUUGAAGAAUUUCAACAAGGUUUCGAGCUAUAGGGCCAGCGCAUAGGAGUUUUACCUUAAGGGUGGUUGAAUGCUUUAGACGAUAGCAAUUAUAGGAUGAGCAUCGGAAAGCUGCGACAGAGACUCAGAGUUUGGUAAUCUACUGAGAUAGUAGGAGAGUUCUAGCUCAUAGACGGUUCAGCGUUAUUUGCAAAGUACAGCCAAGGCAUCGGGGAUAUACCUAUAUGGUAGUAGAAUGAUACAUGUGAUAGCAUAUAGGCGCUGAACAUCCAGGAGUCAGGGCAAUCAUAUAAGCUUGUAACUUCAAUUAAGAGGACAGAGACCGAGCAUCUAUGCGAAAGGACUCGUUUGCUGUUGAUUCAAAGACAUUGUCUGACGGAACUUCAACAAAAAGACCAGGUCAAGUAUAGAGUCUCCUGCCUAUAGGAGUUUGAGCUAAUUUUUAUAAAUUGAAGAUUGUUAGUUUGAAACAUUUAGUGAUUUGCCUGUUCCCUGAAAUUAUUUAGCUUCUAACAGAAAUCAUUUACGAAUCAUUGGUACACGAAUCAUUUAGGCAAGGUAGCCAGAGGAAAAUUCUAUAUAUGAGAUAUUUGGUCUGACCAGCUCUACGUUUUAACAAAGGACAUUCUACAUCGUUUGUCAGCUAGUCUAAGACAUAGUCACCUUAGCGAUUGGAUCCAAAGCAUUGUUCAAGAUACUAAAGGCGUAGGCACUUCCCUGGGUUAUAUAACUCGUAUCCUGACACUUUUUUAAAAACAAAAACAAGCAGGUUUUAAUUCAGCUCUGCUCUGCUAUUACUCUGGCCAUACCAAAUUGAUUAAUAGUUCUUCGGAAAAUUUUCAAAAAAAAUGGGAUCGAGCGAGCGAAAUUUUUUUUUUCUCAAUUUUGAUUUUUUCAGAGGCGGGUAGCUUUUACAUGGAGCGAGCGGGUAUUUGUUUUUUGCAGUUAUGAUUAUACAUGAAGUUAACACUUCUUUAAGAAUAAUACAGAACUCAAACAUUUACAGUGUGUCUAAGACAGUAGAUAGCUUUUCUGUAUGUUUUAAAGACUACAUGAAUGGUUUUGCAAAUAAAUUCUUGCUAAAACACA